AUGUCUUACCGCGAUAACCAGCAAUACGGCAGUGGCGGCGGCGGCGGCGGCGGCGGCGCUAGCAACAGCUACUACAACAACGAUGAGGAUUUCUCCGGCCGCAACAACAACAAUAACAACAACUCCUACGGUGGAUCCAGCGGUGGUUACGGCAACUCUGACGAGGGUCGUUCCAACCAGGGCUAUGGUAACCAGAACCAAGGCCAGGGUAACUACGGCGGCCGUCAGGAGUCCCACGGCAGUGGAGGCCACGGAAACAACACCAACAACGACUCCUACGGUGGAUCCAGCGGUGGCUACGGCAACCAGAACCACGGCCAAGGAAACUACGGCGGCCGCCAGGAAUCCCACGGUGGCGGAGGCUACGGAAACAACAACAACGACUCCUACGGUGGAUCUAGCGGUGGCUACAACAACCAGAACCAGAGCCAAGGAAACUACGGCGGCCGCCAAGAAUCCCACGGCAGUGGAGGCUACGGCAACAACGACAGCAACAACUCCUCCAACCACCACUCUUCCAACAACGACGACUUCAGCAGCGCCGCCUCGCACGCACAGGAACACCACAGCAGCGAGGACAAGUCCCUGUUCAACACUGCUUUGAACUUCCUUAAGGACCGCAAGAGCUCCGGCGACGACGUCGACGAGCAGCAGGCGGCUAAUGCCCACCAGGCCAUGUACGGAUCGGGUAACUCUUCGAACCAGAAACAUGAUUCCAACACUAUUGGUGCUGGUGCUGCGAUGCAGGCUUUGAAGAUGUUCUCCGGCGGCAGCAGUGGCAGCAGUGGAAGCAGUGAUGGUGGUAUGGAUAAGAAUAAGCUUAUCGGGCUUGCUAUGGCUCAGGCUGGAAAGUUGUUUGAUGAGAAGAAUGGAUCUGGGGGUAAUGUGUCCGGUGACAAGCAGUCUGCUGUCAACUCUGCUGCGGAGAUGGCGCUUAAGAUGUACAUGAAGAACCAGGGUGGUGGCUCUAGCGGUGCUGGUGGGCUUAUGAGUCUUGCCAGCAAGUUCCUGUAA